AUGGAGGUUCUUGCUGCGGAGCAGUAUACGUUGCAGGUCCCUACUGAACGAAUUCUCCACACCAAUGUCCCAUAUUCGGCGUUUCGUCAAACUCCACAAGCACUCGAACAGCCAAAGCGCAAAGUAGUUGCAAUUGACUGUGAGAUGGUUGGGCUAUGGAAGAACACAGACUGUGUUGCGCUGCUAUGCGCAGUAGAUGUUCUGACAGGCGAGACCCUUAUGAAUACGUAUGUCGAUCCAGUAUCCAAAGUCCUAGCUUGGAGAUCCACGGUCAGCGGCAUUACACGCCGAUCUAUGACCGACGCAAUUGAGCAAGGCCAAACCCUUCGAGGUUGGGCAGCUGCUAGAGAAGCACUAUGGGAAUACAUCGACGCUGAGACUAUUAUUGUUGGACAUGCAUUGCAGAACGAUUUAAACGUGCUGGGCAUUUUUCACCCAAGAAUUGUCGACACAGCGAUUCUAGCUUCUCAAGUAGUAUUUCCAGAGACCGAGAACAAAAAGUUUCCGGAAUCUUACGGCUUGAAGAGAUUGCUUCUUAGCUGGCUCAACAUGAACAUUCAAACGGGCAAGAAGGGCCAUGACUGCUUGGAGGAUACUCUUGCCACAAGGGAGCUUGCAAUAUGGUGCGCAAGGAAUCCAGACGUAUUGAAAUCAUGGGGUUUGCAAAUGCGCGUUGCAUACGAGGCCCGAAAAUUGGCCAUCCAACAGGCGAGAGAAGAGGCCAAAAGACGUGCGAAAGAGGCUGCUAAAAAAGAUGCUGAAGAAGGUGCUGAGAAAGUUGUCAUUGCAGAUGUGAAGAAAAACGUCAAAUAUACUAUCAAACCGGAGGCGAGAAAAGAGGUCAGAAGGGAUCCGCGGAAGGAUAUCCAGAAGUUUGUCAAAGAAGAUGCUAAUGUGGAUGCCAAAAACGAUGGCAGGAAGCACACCAGAAGACACCCCAGAAAGAAUAACAGAAAGCAGGGUAGCAGGAAUGAGGUCAGAGACAAACAGGAGGCCAAACAGAGUAUUAAAGUCGAUAUUCAACAAGAUGCCAACAAGGGUGUUAAGACCGAUGGUGACACAUGA